AUGGAUCUCGAAGAGUGGGAACUUCUCCCAGAUGAUGGGUUUCUUGAAAUCCAUGAUGAUGGAGGGAAGAAAAUCUACUCUAGGAAGUAUGGUGGUGGUCCAGCUAGUGUUCUUGAGACGAAUCACUUUGUCUGUCCACCUAAAUCUAGUCCACAAUUCGUCGAAACAACAAAAAAUCAACUAUUACCAGUCCCAAUUCACUUGGAACCGACAAUUUUCAAGCCCUGUGACCAGGAGAUACCUAAACAAAUCCCAGUUGAGAUUAAAUCCAUGCCAUCAGCCUCACCGGAGAAGAUCCCUUUUAAUACCGGAUCAGGUUGUGAAGCUGAUCAAGACCCGGUUUCCCAAGUUUUCUUCAAGAAAAUGAAGGAACCUGAAUUUGUCGACAUGAAAGUGGAGUCACCCAAGUCUAGUAGAAGCGGAAUCAUGCCUCAGAUUGAUGGUGCAGGCUUUUAUCAGUUUGAGGAAAAUGAAGAGUCCUAUAAAGUGGAAGCAUUGGACAGCAAAAGUUGUGCAUCAAAAGUAAAAGAUGAUUCAGAGAUGGAAAUGGAUGAAAAUCAUUGGGGAUUCAAUAUAUGGAAAUGGAGUUUAACUGGAAUUGGUGCUAUUUGCUCCUUUGGAGUUGCGGCCGCCACUGUUUCCAUCAUCGUCUUAGGGAGUCACCAAAAGAGUAAACAGCAGAAUCAAAAGCUUCAGUUUCAAUUCUAUUCAAAUGACAAGAGGAUCAAACAAGCGGUUCACCAUGCAAGUAAGCUAAAUGAAGCAAUAUUUAGAGGAGUUCCCCUCACCAGAGCACAUGUUACCUUUGGUGGAUACUAUGAAGCUCUUUGA